AGACGCUCUGUUUCGCACUACGAGCCGCUUCGUUUCGCACCACAGCUCCGUGUCGCACAGCCGCUCAGAUUGUCGCACAGCCGCUCAGAUUGGUCUGCCGCUCUGUCUCGGUCAGUUAAUUUGACAGUCGGGGGACUCUGGGGACAUUGUGCGGCAGGCCGAGGCGGAAGGCGACGACGAAGGCGAGGUGGGCGGGGGCGAGGCGGAGGACGGGAGAAAAGGGGAUGGCGAUGAGCCAAUCUCCCGCCCCUGGCCCAAGGAGAGAGAGGAUCCGUUGCGUGUGCCCCAUGAGGGGGUUAGGAUGGAGGCGGCGGCUCUCCUCUAGGAGGGCGGUGAAGCGGGAGGCUUGGACCUCCAGCACUAAGUCCCGCUGCACCUUGGGCGGAUCUGUCGAGGCGCGUUCCUCGCGGAGGGUGGCAGCGGCAGACGCGGGCAGUUGGGCCUCGAGGGGGGCGAAGAGGCGUGGCAGCGGUGGGGCGGCGUCCGGGGAGAGUGUGAACAGGGGGAGGAGGUUGGCGAGCGGGGGGUGCAGGCGCCCCACCAUGUCCCCGAGCAGGUGGGCGGCUGCGGCUACCGAGGUCAGGUAGCAGUGGGCGCCGUAGCCGGCGGGAUUGGAGAUGCCGAGGCCUCCAAGGGUCGGUGGCAGGGAAGCCUGGGUCCAUACCCGCCUCUGCUCCGCCGCUUGCCUUGGAGCUGGCAGCGCGCACGCAGCUAGCGCCCUGGUGAAGAGGCGCUCCCCCAAGCACGACCAUUCCGCCUUGGGGAGGAGGUGAGGGGGAGUCGCGCGGAGGAGGUAGGAGGCGCGGCGACAGAGGCAGCGGGUGAUGAGGAGGAGGCUGGACUGGGGGUCCAGCUUCUCGAGGAGGGGGAGCGGCGCAGCUGCUUCCGCGAGGCGGCUGCGGAUGGCGGCGGAGCACGCCCGCUCGGGGCCCACGGGACUGCCGAGGACGCGGAGGCCAGAUGUAGAGAGGGAGAGGCCCUCGGGGAGGGCGGGGUCGGCGGUUUGGGAGGGGGACCACGCCUCGCACUUGGCGAGGUUGUGACGCAGACCCAGGGCGGAGACUGCGGCGGUAAGGGAGUAGAAGGCGGCGACGGCGGGGGCGGGGCGUGCGCUAGAGAGCGUCGACCCGCCCCCGCUGCCGCGCACCCCGCCCGCGUGCGCUAGAGAGCGGGGGCGCGCCGAAGGUGUGGUCGAUGUAGAGAGCGGACGGCGCCCCAUAGGAGAGACAAACGAAGGGGAUGAGAAACUCGAGGGGCGUGCCACAUCAACCCAUAUCACCCGCAUCGCCCCAUGUCACCCGCAUCAACCCAUAUCACUCGCAUCAACCCAUAUCACUCGCAUCAACCCAUAUCACUCGCAUCACCCCAUAUCACCCGCAUCACCCCGUAUCACCAGCAUCGCCCCAUGUCACCCGCAUCACCCCAUAUCACUUGCAUCACCCCAUAUCAUCCCAUAUUAUCCCAUAUCAACCCAUAUCUCCCCAUAUCACCCCAUAUCACCCAUAUCAGCCAAUAUCGCCCUACAUCACCCCAAUAUCACCCACACCAUAUCACCUACAUCACCCCAUGUCAGCCCAUGUCACCCUAUAUCACCCCAGAUCACUGAUGUUAUCCCGUAUCACCCCAUGUCACCCAAUAUCACCCCAUAUCACCCCCCACCUCACCCAUCACCGCCCACCGCUGCCCGUCAUUGCCUGUCACCACCCGCCACGGCCCAGCACUGGCUGUCACCGCCACCGCUGCUUACCGGCCGCCACUGCCCGGUGCCCGCCACUGUCAGCCUCUGCCCAUCACCGCUCGUCACCUCCCACCACCACGUGUCACUGCCCCCCACCGCCUGCCACCAACCGGCGCUGCUUGUUACCUACGAGAGGUGGGAGAUGAAGGUACCAAAACACCAUCACCAGAACACUUACUCCUCGUUAUCUUGGCUGGUGACGGUUCAUUACACCAAUGAAGUUUUCUCCUGCCCUUGCCUUCUGAUUGUGCUGAAGAGUACCACGGUAUACCGCUGCAUGAGCUGCAUGUGUACGGCAGCUUGAGAGAGAGUGGAUGGUUCUGGUUAACACUUUGCCCAUUACUGGCAAAAUCUAGUGCGGUUUGUUUGGGGCGUGGUCAAGCUGGUAAGAUUUGUAGAAAAACUGUAUGUGUACGACUUGCAUCAGACCUGAUCCGAAUGCAUCAACCUA